UCCUCCUCGGAUGUGGCUCGAGCUGCAGGCGCGCAGGGCCCGAGACGCUGCAGACCCGCGACCCGGAGCAGCUCAGAGGCGGUGAAUAAUAGCUCUUCAAGUCUGCAAUAAAAAAUGACCUCCAAUAAAACUACAUUGCAAAAAAUGGGAAAGAAACAGAAUGGAAAGAGUAAAAAAGUCGAAGAGGCUGAACCUGAAGAAUUUGUGGUAGAAAAAGUACUGGACCGGCGUGUUGUGAAUGGGAAGGUGGAAUAUUUCUUAAAAUGGAAGGGAUUUACAGGUGCUGAUAAUACUUGGGAACCUGAAGAAAAUUUAGAUUGUCUAGAAUUAAUUGAAGCAUUUCUUAACUCUCAAAAAGCUGGUAAAGAAAAAGAUGGUAUGAAAAGAAAGUCUUUAUCUGACAGUGAAUCUAACGACAGCACAUCAAAGAAGAAAAGAGAUGGUGCUGACAAACCAAGGGGCUUUGCCAGAGGUCUUGAUCCUGAACGAAUAAUUGGUGCUACAGACAGCAGUGGGGAAUUGAUGUUUCUCAUGAAAUGGAAAGAUUCAGAUGAGGCAGACUUGGUGCUGGCAAAAGAGGCAAACAUGAAAUGUCCUCAGAUUGUCAUUGCGUUUUAUGAAGAGAGGCUCACUUAG